AUGCUACUCAGCUUGUUUCUCGUGAUCAAUUUCUUUAUCUCUUCUUCUCACUCAAUUGUAUCGCAAGUUCUCUCACCCGUAUCCAUCUUUGAAGAGAGUCCAUUAUCAACCAUUGUCGUAGACCUUCGUCCAAUCUUCCAAACACUGGACGUCUACACGUAUCAAGCUGCAUUACUUCACAGUCAACCAAGUCAACCAUUCGAAUAUCUCAAUGGAUAUAUUCGAUUGAAAUCUCGACUUGACCGAGAAGAUUACGUUCGAAAACGUUUGUGUAUCGGUGGAAACGUUCUUCAAUGCAAUUUUACAUUAACAUUGACCGUUAAUCUGAAUCAGACGCCAUUUAAUUAUAUUCUCUCUCAACCAAUUUCAUGCCAUGAUAUCAACGAUAUGAUUCCGAAGUUCUCUCAAACGGAAGCGAAAAUAUUUAUGGCGGAAAACGUUCCAAUCGGUCAUCGAAUUCCACUUGAAACAGCCAUUGAUUUAGAUUCGCCUCCAUAUGGUAUUGAUCAUUAUCGUUUAGAAACAAUCGAUGGAAAUGAUCAAUAUCAAUUUUCGAUUGUUUAUGAUAAUCAAAGUCGUGAAUUAGAAUUGAUUGUUAAGGAGCGGUUAGAUCGAGAAAAGAUCGAAAAGUAUCUACUGAAAUUAAUCGCAGUUGACCGAGGUCACCCAGCCAACAUCGGCACACAAACUUUAACAAUCGAAAUCACUGAUGUCAAUGAUUCUUCUCCACGCUUCGAAUCUUCGGUAUACAAUAUUAGUGUCGCUGAAAAUACAAUUCCGGAGUAUCUACUUAGACUUCAAGCGGUUGACCAAGACACAGCAAUGAACGCUGAAUUGACUUACACAUUAGAAAAUGAUUAUCAAGGCUUGUUUCGUUUGGACAAAACCACGGGCAUUCUAACAUUGAAUCAAGCACUCGACUAUGAAUUACAUAAAUCUUAUCAACUUAAAAUUGAAGUCAUCGAUAACGGAAUUAGUUCGCUAAGUGAUACAUGUAUCGUCUAUGUUUACGUACUUGACCAAAAUGAUCAUGCUCCGUCAAUACAAAUGAAAUUCAAUCCUCUCUUGGAACAUAAUCACAAUGGAAAUAUGGCUUAUGUAAAGGAAUCAUUUGAUAUUAAUCUGCCCAUCGCAUUUGUGACUGUCGAUGAUCAAGAUUCGGAUGAAUACGGUCGAUCGCAAUUAACAAUCGAACCACAUCGAUUGUUCUAUCUGGAAACAAUUCGACCGAAUUACUAUGCAGUGAAAUCCUUCCGUCAGUUCGAUCGUGAGACAACCCCAUUCUAUCAAGUUGAACUACGCGCACGUGACUUCGGUCAGCCAAGUUUACGUCGUUCGAUGACAUUCGAAUUGAACAUUACUGAUAUCAACGAUCAAAAACCUGAAUUCAAGUCGAAUUACACAUUCGACCUAGUCGAAAAUAAUCGCGUACCGACAACGAUCGGUCAUGUUACUGCCUACGAUUUCGAUCACGGUAUCAAUGGACAGAUUACAUAUUCGAUCGUUCCGCCAUCGCCAUUGUUUUUCAUCACGCCAACCGAUGGCAUUCUGACAACGAAUACAUCGUUUGAUUAUGAGACUAAACGUGAAUAUCAAUUUCAAGUACGUGCCAAUGAUCAUGGGCAUCCAUCGUUAGAAUCGUUUGUUACUGUUCAAAUUAAUAUAAUCAACAUCAAUGAGUAUUCACCUCAAUUCGAACACGAUCAUUACGAAUUUUCUAUCAAAGAAAAUGAGACCGUGAAGUUUAUUGGACAAGUCAAAGCAUUCGAUCGAGAUUAUGGCGAUAAGAUUACUUAUUCAUUAGGUAAUCAUGAAGAUUUGUUUAUCAUCGAUCAAAAUGGCAAAAUUUGGACACAGAUGAUUUUCGAUCGAGAAUUACAAGAUGAAUAUAAAUUAACAGUCAUUGCAACAGAUAACUCCACAAUUGGAUCGACGAAUGUUAUCAUAAAAAUACAAGAUGUCAACGAUAAUCCACCGGUCUUCGUUUGGCCUAACACGGAUGAGAUUCGUCAUAUUCUUUUCGACGAACAUUUUCAGCGUAUUGAUCAUCAAAAUCCAUCGUCUCAGUUCAUAACUGAUAUCAUCGUCCAAGACAAUGAUCUUGGGAAUAAUUCACACGUGAAACUAUCGGUCAUUGACAACGAUCUGUUUUAUAUCGGUUCAAACAAUUCUUUAUGGCUAAGAAAUUCUUCCACCUCACCCGGUAGUUACAGUGUUGAACUUCUAGCGAAAAAUUAUCAAUUUGAAACGAAGAAAUUGUUACAUAUUAUCAUCAAUGAACACAAUCCUCUUGGAUUUUAUUUAUUCAAUAAUAUGAGUAAAACAUUUCGAAGAUUUCCGAUCUUAUUCAUCAUUAUCAUCGCUGGUAUUACCGUCUGCUUGCUUAGUUUUAUCAUUACGUAUUAUAUAUGUAUGAGAAAGAAUGCACGAAAACGAUUGUAUGGAAGUCAAUUAAUAGUUAAUGAUGAAGAAAAAUCUAAACAAAAUAGUCCACGAAUGAAAACAUCGAGCUCGGUUAUUCUCCCAUCGAUUCAUAAUAAUAAUUAUACUGUUAUUGCUAAACAAAGAAAAAAUUCUCAGGCGCUAUCUGGAAAUAGUCCUUCAACGACGGAUGGCGAGUUUUCUUCAUCACUUCUCUCCUGUCCAUAUAAUGGCGCAUCAUCAUCAUCAACAUCUGAUCUGGAUCGUUCGCAUAACCAUCAUCAACAACAAUCGACAUCAUCGACUGUUUCGGCAUUGACCACUCUAACACGAAAAUCAGCAAAAAAUGUUAGCUUUCAACCACCAUCGGUGAUUCCAGCUCAAAAUACUUACACUGAUCUAUUACAAAAACAAACAUCCACAUUUAGUACAUUACCAAAACAGACGACACGUGAAAUCAUAAUAUCGAAUCACAACUCAUCUCUUCUGCCCGAACUAUCUCGAACGGAAUCGAAUGGUUUUCCAACAUUACAAACUAUUCUUAAUCAAUCGGCAAAAGAUCAUCAGACCAAAUUACCACAACCGCCCCCGUUACUCAAUGGCAUCAUCCUAAUCGAUGAAAUGCUUACGAAAUCAUCGAUAUCGAACAGCGACAAAAAUCACAUUGUCUCUCCCGCAUCAUCGACGAAUAAUCGAGGGUGGUACAACAUGACUUCUGAUUAUCAGACACGCGCUAGUAUUGUAUAG